AUGGCUGACCCUGGCCCGGCCAUUGCUCAUCUCCGCUCCCACCCAUGGGCCAACUCCCUAAUCUCCUCCACCGACUACACUCCAAUAGAAACCGAUUCCCGUCGUUUAAAGCCGACAACCGGUGAAGAUGGCUACUUUGCCCAAACCCUCAACACAAAUUCCACAAUCCCACACUGUCUAACCCUGCAACGGCGCAAGAUCGAACCCGUCCCAGCAGACAUCCCCGCGUGGCUCCCCGCAACCAAAGCAGAAGCCGCUGCCGCGGCAAAGCCCACCCCCGGCGUAAACCCGGCCGAUGUCAUCAUGAUCUUUGACCUGAGUAGCCCUGGGCUAUCGGGUCAUCCGUCAACGGUACAUGGUGGGAUCGUCGCAACCCUGAUUGACGAGGCGAUGUCCCUUGCGGUUGCGGCUCAUGCUAAUGCGCCCAGCGAGGGGGGCCCUGAGGGGAAUCCGCGGGGGCGGAUCUUUACCGCGCAGUUGGAUGUGCGGUAUAAGAAACGGGUGGUGACACCUGCGGUGUUGGUGAUCAAGGCGAGGGUGGUUGGGCGCGUUGGAAAGAAGUACUGGGUGCGAGCGCAGGCCUUGCAGGAGGAUGAGGAGGGUGCAGGUGGUCACCUAGAGUGGGCAAAGCGGAAGCUCGUCAAGGCGGAUGCCAUGGCUUUUUGGGUGAGGACCGAUUCGAAGCUAUGA